GGUUCUGAAAGCCUGAGUUGUAACGCAGGAAGAGAAAUUGAGCAAACCUAGUUGGUGUGUGUAUCAGUCUUCUGGGCAAAAUGACCUUCAAUGAUGAUGAGCAGCUUGUUACCCCUCCAAACUCAGGGCCACAACCAACUCCAAUUAUACAGGGAAGAGCACAGUUGGUAAGCAUAAAUAAGAGUACGGUACCACUUGAAGAAACCAAACUCAGGGUGUUGCUGGAGAUUACAGGGGGAGAUUACAGCAGUGACAGACCCGGAUUGGAUCUUGUGGCGGUAUUAGAUGUCAGUGGAAGCAUGAACGACGAUGGAAAGCUAGCAAAAGUAAAAACUGCUAUGCUAUUUGUGAUCAAGAAACUUAGCCCCAUUGAUCGUUUGUCGAUUGUUACAUUCUCUAAGGAAGCCAAAAGGUUGUGCCCAUUACGUCAGAUUACUGAAAAUUCUCAAAAGGAUCUUGAAAAUCUAGUUAACGAAUUAAAAGCCGAUGGUGCAACCAAUAUCUCUGCUGGCCUUCAAACUGGCUUGAAAGUUAUUAAUGACCGUCAUAUUACUGGCGGUCGUUCUGUUGGAAUCAUGCUUAUGUCCGACGGUGAGCAAAACGCCGGUGGUGAUGCCGCCCAAGUUCCGGUUGGCAAUGUGCCCGUACACACGUUUGGUUUUGGCAUAAGUCACGAACCAACGGUGCUUAAGGCUAUUGCAGAUAAUAGCAUUGAAGGAACGUUUUCAGAAGUUCAGAACAUAGACAACUUGAGCAUAGCUUUUUCCCAAUGUUUGGCUGGACUUCUCACUCGGGUUGUUGAGGACCUCAAGCUGAUACUCACCCCAUAUGAAGACGAAUCGACAAUCGAGCAAGUAAUUGCCGGAAACUAUCCUCAAUCCAAGGACGACGCUACUGGCUCUGUAACUGUUACCUUUGGUGGUCUCUAUGCUAAAGAGGUGCGUAAGGUCAUAGUGGACCUUCUUCUCCCUGCUGUUAGUAAGGAGCGAGGCUCAGAUGUUCUUGAAAUUGGCUUCUCAUACAGCUUUCGGGGAAGAUUUUUUGAGGCCCCUCCUGCAACCAUUACUGUACGCCGCACCGGAGCAUCUACAUAUGAGCAAGAGAGGCCAGAGGUGAGAAAUGAGGAAACACGUCUCCAGACUGCAAGUAUGAUCAAAGAAGCAAAAGUCAUGGCUGAUGAUAAUAAGCUUGAUGAUGCUCGGGACAAGGUGGUUGAAGCCCAAAAUUCACUGGAAGAUGCGGAUGAUGCAUCUAAUCCAUUGAUUGAGAUGUUGAAGUCUGAACUGCAACAACUCUUGAAAUUGAUGAAAUCAGAAGAAAUUUACAAAAAGCAUGGGCGUCCUUUUGUAUUCUCCUCUGAGACUUGUCAUUAUCGCCAACGUUUUGCUUCAAGAGGUGACAUAGAAGGCUUGCGGCUAUUUGCCACUCCUCGGAUGGACACAUACCUUGAGCAAGCAAAGUCAUUUGAUGAGGAUCCCAGCAAGCCACCGCCCUCGGUUGAUGAGGAUGAGAAGAAAGAAAUGGCUGCCAAUCCCCUUGCUCCCAUCGCUGGUGCUCUUAUCUUCUACAUUAAUUCUGCCAUUCAGUCUCUCCAAGCAAUUGAAAACAUAAUCAAAAGAGGCCUUUGAUUACUUGGUUACUUUUAAUAUGUGUUUUGCUUUUGUAUUUUAAUUAAGUGAUUUAGAGUAGGAAUUAAAUAAUUACUUUUGAAAAAACAAAAAGCCAUUAUAAUAAUUUAUUC